UCGAAAUCUAGUCUAGGGUUUAAAAUAGGUUUGAUCUCACUCCGAGGAAGAAACAAAACAACACGUUUGUUCUCAACGCUUUCUUCUUCGUGUCAUACGAACUUCUUUGGGAUCUUUCUUUCUCUCUAAUUACUCAAUCAAGGGUUAGGUUAAAAAUGCGGAGGAACAGUCCAGGUGGUUACUACAGUCCUCCCCGGAGAGGAUACGGCGGGAGGGGUGGAGGUAGGAGAGGAUACGGUGGUGGUGGUGGUGGAGGUGGUGGAGGUAGGCGUAGGGAAAGCAACAAUGGAAGUCUUUUGGUUCGGAACAUUCCUUUAGAUUGUAGACCUGAGGAGCUGAGAGCACCGUUCGAGCGAUUUGGACCGGUUCGCGAUGUUUACAUACCCAAGGAUUAUUACUCUGGACAACCUCGAGGCUUUGCAUUCGUGCAGUUUGUGGAUUCAUAUGAGGCCUCCGAGGCGCAGUACCAUAUGGACAGACAAAUUUUUGCUGGAAGGGAAAUAUCUGUAGUUGUGGCUGCAGAGACAAGAAAAAGGCCAGAGGAGAUGCGUCACAGGACUAGUAGAUCCAGAGGACCAGGGAGCUAUGGGGGGCAAAGGUCUUCCUACCAUGGGCGUUCUCGAUCUCGUUCAAUUUCCAGAUCAAGAUCACCUCCUUAUCACUCUGGUUCUAGAAGCCGCUAUCGCUCAAGGUCCAGGUCGUUCUCUCCUCCCCCAAGACGUGACUACUCUGUUUCUCCUAGAAGGCAUGCAGAACGCCCUAGAUCACCUAGAAGUCCUCCUAGAAGCCCUCCUAGAAGUCCUCUUGUGGAGCGAGAUGGGGAUCAUAAACGCAGGUCGUAUUCUCCAGCUUAUGGCAAUGGUGCUGAUCAGAAUCAAAGCAAUGGAUAUGCUGAGAAAUUGUACAAAUCUGAGGCUGAUCGAGGCCAGUGGAAGUCAUCGGCACAAAGAUCAUCAAGAUCACCCCCUGGAUCUAGAUCUAGAUCAAGAUCUGUUGAUUUGUCACCUAGACGUGGAAGAUGAGGUUGCAUUGCAGGUAUGUUGGCAAUGCGCUACUGGGCUAUGUACAAUUUCUUUGAUUUACCAGAACAUUUACAAAAACAUGUAGACUGCUUAAAAGUUUGUGUAUUAUGAUGGGUGAAUGUAUAAUUUUAUGCUUGUUGCUGAUGUGGGUGCUUUUCUUUUCGGAAUUCUGAACUUAUGCAGUAAGACUUUAACCAGACAGAUGAAUUAUUGAGGAUUUGAGCGUUUAUUUUUCA